AUGAAAGCCAAUGAAUUCGGAGAAACUGUCGGUGCUAAUUUUAAAUGCAGUUCCGGAUGGCUAGACAGAUUUAAAAAGAGGCAUAAUAUUUGCUUCGGCAAAACGGGAAUUUUCUAUAAKAUGCUGCCUGACAAAACACAUAAGAUCAAAGGUGAAACAUGCAGUGGUGGAAAAAUGUCUAAAGAAAGAAUAACUGCCAUGAUUUKUGCUAAUGCAUCGGGCACGGUAAAACAGAAAUUAUUKKUURUUGGAAAAUAUAACAAUCGCAGAUGCUUUAAAAACGUUAAAACGUUGCCGGUAGAUUAUUGUGCUAACAACAAAUCCUGGAUGACUUCUCAGACCUUUACUGACUAUUUAAAGAAAUGGGAUUGUGAACUUAUAAAAGCCAAAACUAAAAUUUUGCUAUUAGUAGAUAAUUGCCCUGCUCAUCCUCAAGUUCAUCUUCACAACAUUAAACUACAUUUUCUUCCGCCUAAUACUACAUCGGUUCUUCAGCCCACGGAUCAAAGCGUCAUUAAUAGCUUGAAGCAAUCUUAA